AUGACGCCCCUCUCAGGGAUGCCAACAUCAGGAAACUUCGCCGACGUCGCCAAGACCCUUCUGCAGGUGUGGGGAGACGCCCUUGUGCUGUGGGAGGUGGACGCCUUCCUGACGACGCCGCCGCCGCCCUUCUUCACCCUCAGGACUAAACACGUGAGGGCGGACAGGCAAUACUGCGUCGCCUUUGUUAUCCUGGCGAGUCUCGAGACAGUCGCAGAGGUGUUUGCAGAAGUUCAACAGACUUCCUGGUUCCUUGGGACAGCCAAAUACAUCUUGUCGUACACAGCUGAAGACAUCACCAAGGAGACGCUGGCAGCUGAUCCAGUCCUAGGCGCCAGCUACGACUUCGUGGUGGCGACCCGCGUCCCUCUCGAAGACAGCGGCCUCCCUCCCUCCGAGUCCCUGGGAGAAGACGCCCCCGGCCUCUUCGCCCUCCUCCAGAACUGCCCCUACUGCGACGCCGGGAAUCCUCGCGUUAAUCUGGUGGAUAAGUGGAGUCCUAGCGAGGGGUUCCUGAGGGGGCGCGAGCUCUAUCCCGAUCUGUUUCGGGACUUCAACGGACACAAAUUCCGUGCUGUGACCUUAGUCUACGAACCAUUUAGCUGCUACGAGAAAACUGACGACGUAAUUAUCCCAGCGGACAAUUGCGUCGACAAUAACAUGUUAAGGGAAAUCGCUAUUAACCUGAACUUCACCUACGUCUUCGUGGAACCAAGUGACGGCCAGUGGGGACAUCGCCUGGAUAAUGGGAGCUAUACAGGAGUGAUCGGGGCGGUGGAGAGAAGGGAAGCCGAUUUCUCCCUCAACAUCGCCAUCACUCAGGACAGAGAAGAGAAGGUGGACUGUACCAUAGGCUACCACGUGGAACCGAUCACCUUUGCGACUUCGAAACCUCGGCCGUUAAACCAAGCGCUGGCGCUCAUUAGGCCGUUCGCUCCCAAUAUGUGGGCAGCCUUCAGCAUUACUCUGGUGGUGACUGGUCCUCUGUAUUUCCUGAUCUGUAGGUUCACCGUCGCCCCCUUCGAGAAAGUCACUCCUCCGACCUUAGUGAAGUCGUACUUGAUCAUCUUCGCGGCUUGCUUCAACCAAGGCGUAAAGUGGCUGCCUGUGUUCUCAAACCGUGUCUUCGGAAUGACGUACGUUAUAACAAUGUUCGUGACGGUCACUGUGUACGUUGCUAUGUUGACGGCAACGCUCACACUCCCUACACUCUCUCCGACACUUAACACUUUAGAGGAACUUGUGAGAUCCGAUUUCUCGUGGGGUAUUCAGGACUUGGGCGCCGCAGACUACCAACUCCUGAAGUCUUCGAAAGUCCCUUUGUACCAGAAGGUGUACAGGGGCCUUAGUCCUUGCCCCUCGCUCGAUGAGUGCAUUACUCUCGCCCGGGACUCGAAGUACGCUUUUAUUACAUGGCGGACUUAUCUGGAGGAUCGGAUCGCUGUGAGGUUCACAUCUGCGACCGGGGAGAGGCAGCUGCACGUGGCUACCGGUGACAUUUUUCCGGUAGAGCUUGGGUGGGCCAUGAACCCCGGUUGCCCAUAUCGCCACGCCUUCAACAGGAAGAUCAGAGCACUGUUGCAAAGCGGUCUUAUCUCCAAGUGGCUGGACGACCUGAUCCACGACCCCCAACGGCGAGAGCUGAACGGGGAGGAGACCGUGAUCGUGGCGGAGGGCAUUCAGCCGCUCAGUCUCAGUCAUCUCCAGGGCGUUUUCUUUCUCCUGGGCAUAGGGUUCAGCCUCUCGUGCAUCUCCUUUGCCUGUGAAAGUACGCUGUGUACAAAGAAGAAAACGGGGAUAUAG